AUGGAAGCCUGCGCAUUCGGCAUGUUCCAGAGAGUUGACGGAAAAGCACUGGUCGUUAUCCCUUCUCUGCCGCUGUCGGCCCUUGCCGUAAGGUCUCUUAUUUUCAUAUAUUGGACCUCGGAAGGGCACUUUAAAACAGUUCUAGAGACAUUGAACAAGGUCCGUCGAAGUUCUCAGUCAUGGCACGGUGUGAACUUUACCUGGCGCUUCCUCUUUUCAGAUCGUACAUCGAGUACAGAUGUGACAGACAUUGAGAUGAGCCCAGUUGCAGAGGAAAGCUACUGA